UACGCUGUGCGCGCUGACGUCAGCAGACGGCAACGUUGCUAUAAGACCGUGGCCGGCGGGCGCGUGCGCCUCUUUUUCCGUCCGGGAGUCUGUGGGCGCAGACGGGCGAGCAGCGCCAGCAUGCCGGUUGCUCGGAGUUGGGUUUGUCGCAAGACUUAUGUGACCCCUCGGAGACCCUUCGAGAAGUCUCGCCUCGACCAAGAGCUGAAGCUGAUCGGCGAAUAUGGGCUCCGGAACAAACGUGAGGUCUGGAGGGUCAAAUUUACUCUGGCCAAGAUCCGCAAGGCUGCCCGGGAACUCCUGACGCUGGAUGAGAAAGACCCGCGGCGUCUUUUUGAAGGGAAUGCUCUGCUGCGGCGACUCGUCCGCAUCGGGGUGCUGGACGAGGGCAAAAUGAAGCUGGAUUACAUCCUGGGCCUGAAGAUCGAGGAUUUCUUGGAGAGACGCCUGCAGACCCAGGUCUUCAAGCUGGGCUUGGCCAAGUCCAUCCACCACGCCCGAGUGCUAAUCCGCCAGCGCCAUAUCAGGGUCCGCAAGCAGGUGGUGAACAUCCCGUCCUUCAUUGUCCGCCUGGACUCCCAGAAGCACAUCGACUUCUCCCUCCGCUCCCCGUAUGGGGGUGGCCGCCCAGGCCGCGUCAAGAGGAAGAACGCCAAGAAGGGCCAGGGUGGGGCUGGCGCUGGCGAUGACGAGGAGGAGGAUUAAGCCCACGGCUCCGGGAUGGUGGAGUGCUUUCCAGUCAGAUAAUAAAACACGGUCAACUCUGUGGAA